GGGGGAAGAUUCCGCAAGUUUGCUGGUGUAGAGUAUGUCAGGGAGAGGAGGGAGCAAAAUAGUCAGAGAACAGAGUGGAUGAGCGACAAGACGCCAGCGCAACAAGCCAUUACGGGAGAGCUGUUUGAGCGGUGUGCAUGGAUCAAGGGGUGUCUGCUGUCGGUGGAAGGUUGCAAGAGGACCAAGCCACGUGAUAUCAGCGAUAAGUUCAUCUCCCGGGGCCACAACUUCCACUGAGCUGACUCACAGAAAACUGCAGGCUGUUAUGAUCAACCAUAUGUGAAGACGAAGCUCAUCCAGCCACCAUGUUGAAGCACAAGAGUUUCCUGCCCUCCUGCCCGGGCAUGUUCGUUUCCAUUCUACUGGUUUUGUUGCCGGGGGUUACGCACUUGUCCCAGGGCAGUGCCAGUCCUGAUGACAUUGGCCACGCACCAGCUAACUGCUCCAGUGAAGACAACUGCUCUGAAGGUGUGGUUCUGCCGCUCUGGAACCCUCAGAACCCGGCCGUGGGGGACAAAGUAGCGCGUGCCAUAGUGUAUUUCGCCGCUCUUAUCUACAUGUUCCUGGGUAUGUCCAUCAUAGCGGACCGCUUCAUGUCCUCCAUUGAAGUCAUCACCUCUCAGGAAAAAGAAAUCACUAUUAAAAAACCUAAUGGAGAGACCACCACGACCACGGUACGCAUCUGGAACGAAACCGUAUCCAACUUAACUUUAAUGGCUCUUGGUUCAUCUGCUCCUGAGAUCCUCCUGUCUGUUAUUGAAGUGGUCGGGCAUGAUUUUGAAGCGGGCUCGUUGGGGCCUAGCACCAUAGUGGGCAGCGCUGCUUUCAACAUGUUCAUCAUCAUCGCGAUCUGUGUUUACGUAGUUCCAGAGAACGAGACCCGCAAGAUAAAGCACCUACGGGUGUUUUUUGUCACCGCCGCCUGGAGCAUUUUUGCAUACAUCUGGCUGUAUGUUAUCCUGUCCGUGUCGACGCCUGGGGAGGUGGAGGUCUGGGAGGCUGUGCUUACGUUCCUGUUCUUUCCUCUAUGUGUGCUGCAAGCUUGGAUCGCAGAUAGGCGCCUGCUCUUCUACAAGUACGUCAAUAAGAGGUACCGUGCCGACAAAAACCGUGGCAUUAUCAUCGAAUCGGAGGGAGACGCCAUGUUUACGAAGAUGGACCUGGAGAUGGACGGGCAAGGGGUGAACUCGCACACCCAUCCCAAAGAGGCUUUAGAUGGUAUGUUGGAGGGAGUGGAGGAUGGAGGAGGGACUAGUGCCGAGCAAGAUCAGGAAGAAGAGGCCAGACGAGAGAUGGCUCGUACUUUGAAAGAUUUAAAGCAGAGACACCCAGAGAAAGAUAUGGAACAGUUGAUUGAGAUGGCCAACUAUCAAGUACUAGUGCAGCAGCAGAAGAGCAGAGCCUUUUAUCGCAUUCAGGCCACGCGUAUGAUGAUAGGGGCCGGAAAUAUCUUGAAAAAACACGCAGCAGACCAAGCAAGGAAAGUGGUGAGCUGUCAUGAGGCCAGUGGUCAGGAAGAAGACCCCAACACGAUCUACUUGCAGUUUGACCCUUCCCAUUACCAGUGCUUUGAAAACUGUGGCUCUAUGAAGCUGACGGUCAGCAGGCAUGGAGGAGAGAGCGGCUGCACUGUGAAAGUGGACUACCGCACAGAGGAUGGCACUGCGAAUGCCGGCUCCGACUAUGAGUUUGCAGAGGGCACUUUGGUCUUUAAACCCGGUGAGACGACAAAAGAGUUCACAGUGGGUGUCAUAGAUGAUGACAUUUUUGAAGAAGACGAGCACUUCUACGUUCGCCUCAGUAACCCGCGGAUUGUGCACCGAGCCGAGGUCUCCCUGCUCGAACCCAAUUCAAUCACAUCCAGUAACAGUAUGGUGGGCAUCUCCUCUCACGUGCCCCCAAAGGCCUCUCUGGGCAAGGCGCACACUGCCACGGUAACCAUAUACGACGACGACCACGCCGGCAUCUUCACCUUUGAGAGCGACAACAUCAGAGUGAGCGAAAGUGUGGGGAACAUGCAGGUGAAGGUCCAUCGGACAUCCGGGGCGAGGGGGAAGGUAGCGGUGCCCUACCACACCAUCGAAGGCACUGCCAAGGCUGGAGAGGACUACGAAGAGGUGUCAGGCAAACUGGAGUUUCAGAAUGACGAGACCAUGAAGUUGCUGAAUGUGAAAAUCAUCGAUGACGAAGAGUACGAGAAAAAUAAAACUUUCACGAUUGUGCUGGAGGAACCAAUUUUGCUGGAAGUUGGGCAGAGACAUGGUGACACAAACGACAACAAGACUGCAGUGGGGCCCGAGGACGUGUCUAAAAUGGGCUGCCCCAUUCUGGGAGAGCACACCAAGCUGGAGGUGGUGAUCGAGGAGUCUUAUGAAUUCAAGAGCACAGUAGACAAGCUCAUAAAGAAGACUAACCUGGCUCUGGUGGUGGGGAGCAGCAGCUGGAGGGAGCAGUUUGUUAGUGCUGUGACUGUCAGCGCAGGGGACGAUGACGAGGAGGAGAGUGGAGAGGAGCGCUUGCCCUCCUGCUUUGAUUACAUUAUGCACUUCCUGACAGUUUUCUGGAAGGUGUUGUUUGCCUUCGUGCCGCCCACAGAGUACUGGAACGGGUGGGCUUGCUUCUUCGUGUCUAUCUCCCUCAUCGGGGUCCUCACUGCGGUAACCGGGGACCUGGCCUCACACUUUGGCUGCACCGUGGGCCUCAAAGACUCUGUCACAGCUGUGGUAUUUGUGGCCCUCGGCACCUCUGUUCCAGACACAUUUGCGAGUAAAGUGGCUGCUAUCCAGGACCAGUAUGCCGACGCCUCCAUUGGGAACGUGACCGGCAGUAACGCGGUCAAUGUUUUCCUGGGAAUCGGAGUGGCUUGGACCAUCGCGGCGGUCUACUGGAAGACUAAGGGAAAAUUGUUUAAAGUGAACCCGGGAUCCUUGGCCUUCUCUGUUACCCUGUUCACUGUUAUGGCGCUGGUUUGUGUGAUGGUUCUGCUGUAUCGGAGGCGUCCAAAUGUCUCGGGGGGAGAGCUGGGUGGACCACGGACUGCCAAGCUCCUCACCUUCUUCCUCUUCCUCUCUCUUUGGUUCAUCUACAUCCUACUGGCUUCACUAGAGGCUUACUGCCACGUGCCCGGCUUCUGAGACCCCCCUCUAUUUCUCUUCUUUUUACAAACGUAUCAGUUUUUGUCUAUUUUCACAAAGAUUUUUAAAUAUUUAUAUCAUUAGUUCUUAUUAAUACUGCACUAUACUGUCUAUGUGACUUUCUAUUCUCGGACUUUACAACCACUCACUAUGCUGCGAUGGAUAGCUUUAGCCACAAAAUAUCUUCCAUCCAACUUUCUAACACUACUCAUGAAAUCGUUUUGUACUACUUCCAGUAUCAUAAACUGCAAUUAUUUUUACAUAAGUUGCAGACAAGAGCCACAAACAGGAGAGUGCAUGGUUUGGCAUUUAACAAAGAAAACAAGGCAGCCAUAGUCGUGUGUGCAUAUUUAUAAUUCAGUCGUAACGUUAUUCAUUGUAUAUCACAUAAAAGAUGAACAUUGUGUGUGGGAAUUUUGUGAAAGAGUAACCGUGUUUAUUUUUUUUGCACGUAUCAAAUGCAGAGUUUUGCGGUGAUCUAUUUUAAAGUGCUAAAUGUAAUAUUUUGAUCUGAUGUGUUGGUGUAUUCUUGUACAUGUUAAUCAGAGGUGUAUCAUACUCCCUCACUGCCUGGUGCCCUCCCGAACAAAGCCUCUGUCGACUGUAAUUAGCCUGACAUUGGUUAGGACACCUUUGGUAACGCUUAAUAUUAACUACACCUUCACUAGCCUUAAUAAAGCAUGAGGAAACACUUCAUUCACAGUGAUACAAUGGUUUCAUAAGAAUGAUGCAGGCUGGUAACUGCUUAAAUGUGCACUAUGGAACUUUUAGCCACAAAAACAGACUAAAAUAGAAUAGUGGCUUUUUUGUAUGUUUGUUUUGAGUUUUGUUUUUUUUUUUUUUUAAUUGCUCUGAAAAGCCUGUUCUUUCAUCUCCACAAACCUGACUCGUACUUGCUGGAGGCAGAGGGACACUACUUACCUGUCUCCAUGGAAACAUUGCUCCUUUGGCUACAGUAUUCCACACUACGGCAUAAAACUUACCUAAAACUCUCCAUGGACAAUGUUCCAAAGUAUGGUUUUAACUCUAUUUCCACAGGUGACAUGCCUCCUCCAGAAAGUUACCUGGUGUUGCUUUAAUUAAAGGGUCAGGAGCUAGGCUUUACUAACCCUGAAUCGCUCUUAAUAAUUAUUUGAGUCUUGUAAAUUGUAAAGUCUUGUUUCAUGCUUUAUUGAGGCUGAUAUAGGUAUAGUUUUUUAUUACGCGCUACCACCUUUUUACACACAUUAUAACACAUUCUUAUCAGUUGUACAGUGAUGUAGAGUUUCUUCUUGCACAUUAUCCAGUGAUUAAUGUGCCACCUGUGAGAGUAGUGUGUGCGCGCGUGUGUGUGCGUGUGUGCAUACCAUCAAUGGUGUGGUUUUGUCAGAUUAAGAAACUGUAGUCUAUAAUGAACAGAAGAUACUUAUCAAAAAUGAUUGCAUUACAUUCAUAACACCAGAGGACACGAGGCCCCUCCAAUAGCACAAUUAAAAUGUCCAUGGGUGGAACAUAUCAUGUGCCAAAAAGAGACGUUGUACAGUGUUAAAUGGAUUCGUAUGAUUCUUUUGUAUUUAUUUAAAUGAGAUGUAGAGCCAUAUUUAUUGUUAUAGUACUAGAGUAUUUAUAUGAGCUUUUCAGUUUUAUGGAUAUGCACGUUUAAUGUGUGAGAAGUGGAAAUAAAUGUUGACAAUUUACAAUGUUGU